AUGUUUACUUCUAAUGGCAGUUGUGGCCCUGCCACAGCGCUAGAUAAUCUCAGCAAGAGAGUCGGGCAGGACCGUACUUUGGAAAAUGACCACGUAGCAAGAUUUAGGGAUCAAAAUAGUAGCCAGAAUAGAGCCUUUAGAGCCGAGUCAUCUUUUAACACCACCGCAGGAGCGGAAUUUGGCCAGUUUCAAAACACAUCUGUUCAAAGGAAUUAUUUCCCUUCUGCUGAGCUAAUUAGGAAGAAUACCAGAUUUGGCGAUAAUUGGAGUUCAGAGUUUAGGCAACAACAGGAGAAUAACAAAUGGGUUGAAGAUUUUGGCGCAAUGAACCUAGAGAACGUCCGUAUGGAACAGGAGCAAAGCUUCCAGACCAUGGAUCAGAGAACUAACAUGCAAGCAAUGUCUUCAACUGCAAAUGCUUGGACUCAAGAGUUCAACCAUAUGCAACAUAACAAAGAAAUGGAAUAUGAAAUGAGAAUUCGGGAAACCCAGAGACUUGUUAAUGCGCCUGCAAGAGAAGUAUUUAGUAUGGUAAAUCAGCACUCUCAGCAGCAUAAUCAGAACUUUACUCAUAAUCAGACGCAACUGGGGGACCAAAGUCACUACAUGACAAACCUUGCAUUUGAGAGACAAUUCGAAACAGUUCAGAAUGAAAUUGACGGUAUGGAUAUGUUCUCCGACUCAGAACAAGUAGAGCAACAAAAGGAGCUACAGAAGGAAGAUGACAAUAAUGAUAUAGAGACUACCAAGUUUGCAGAGAUUGCCCAGCAGGUCUUCAACCAAAUGAACAACGUGGACACUACUGUUUCGCAGAACACUGAGCAUAAAUUCAAACAAUCUAACUUCCUCAGGUUGAUGGAUAAGGUCGCACAGAGGGAAGUCGAAAUUAAUGGCAGCGGAGAUAGAUUCAUAGACAAGACUGGCAAUGACAUCAGGGAUUAUUUACCGGAUCCUUUAUCCGAUCUAAGGUAA